AUGUUUUAUCCUGAAAAUUCACUGAAAAAAGGGGGCAGAUUUCAUUUAUGUUGGGUGGCGGAUUCCUGGCCUGUUUGUUUUGCUGCGAUAACCCAACGCCAACUAUGGUCUCAAGAUAUAAGAAAAAUUUGCGAUGACUUAUUACAAGUUAUGACCAAUGAGUCUGGUCGCCCCUCACACCGAUUUUCGCUCCGUCUCAGCUCUCAACUCAUGCGGGGACUAGUCCGGCUGUAUCAGAAGAAAGUCAACAGCAUGAUAACUGAGUUAUGCAUGCUUAAUGCAAGAAUUAUGAAGAACUCAAACAAAAAAUUCAACAUGCAAAAUGAACCAGAAGAGGUGCAGAGACAUAUGGUGCCGAUGUUGGAACUACCAGCUCCGGAGAGGGAACCUGUCCCGGAGCCAGAGGAAAGAGUCGAGGAAAUGAUACGGCAAAGUGGUAAUGUCGUGCCCAACAUCGAAGCCAUCACACUGAAAGAAGCCACCAUUCCCGACUUCCAACUUCCACCGAAUGACGGUUUCGGCGAGGAGAACCCCAACCAGGCCCUGCAGCUGCUGCAGGACCGCACGCUGGAGCAGAUGCUGGGCGCGUCGGGCCCGCACAGCGCGCUGGACGCCACCCACGCCGCCGCCGACACCGACCGCAGCGCCAACCACUCCAGGCUCGAGCUCGACAACACCAUGGAACGCAUGCCCGCGACGCCGGAGCCUGCCCCGGCCGCGCCCGCCACACCGCCCGCGCAGCUCCCGGCCGCCGCGCAGCCCGCGCCGCAAGAACCGGAAAUCGUCACAUUAGAGACGCUGGAGGAGGGCGAGCCGCGAGCCAAGCGCCGCAGGAAGAACAAGCUGAUCAUAGACAAGAACCACCAGCUCUCCAAGAAGUUCCUUCGCGCGAGAAUCGAGAACAUUCAUGUCGACUUGCGCUGUGAUGAUUUCUCUGAAGACAUCGUGGACCUGCGCGUGCCGGCAGAGCUGCUGCUGCGACGGCCCGCUCGCGCGUCGGGCCGCGUGGCGCGCGCGCUUCAGCUGCUGUUUUCCAGGAACCUGGGCCUGGCCGCGGCCGCUCACCACCAACAGAGAGAAAUGGAGCUCGCUCUUGCUUCGCGCGCUCGACGCGCCACCGUCCCAGUCCUCGAGCCCAUCCCCGAAGAACCACCGCAAGUGCAAGAACCGCAGGUGCAGGAGCAAGUGCUUGAACCACAAAUGCCGGAGCAAGUGCUUGAACCACAAAUGCCGGAGCAAGUGCUUGAACCACAAAUGCAGGAGCCCCAGCAGCCGGUCGAGGAGCAGACCGUUCUGAACCAGUCCACUGCGGUGCCGGAUCUUAGCGCUGUCGACGUGGAGAAGGACAUUGCCGACUUGCCAACGCAGAAGCUGGCGGCUGCCACUCAGAAGAGGGCCUCGCGAGAGGAUCUAAACACAAGUCUAACCAAAAAGUCGAGAUGCGGAUACACAUCCUUCAGAGGGAGUCAAUCCCAAAACCUUCGGGUCGAGCCAGAAAUCGUCGAAAAAGAGAACAUCCCGGAAAACUGGCAGACACAGCUGAUCAUACCAAACAUAGAGAUACAACGGCCGUCCGAUCCGGAACGAGUCCUGACUUCGAUGUUACAAGAGGCGGGUCUGGCCGACAUGCCUCAGCCGGAGCAGGCGCCUCAGGCGGAGGAGGAAGAGCCGCCGCGCAAGAGCCGCCGGCGCGGCAGCGACAGCUCGGAGACCAUGCUGGGCAGUCUGGACCGCACCAAGGUCUCGCUCGGAGACUCAGACCACACUACAGACUCGAAGAGGUUUAUUCGCGAUCAAUGGGGCACGGAAGGCACGAUGGUGAAGAUCUUGAAGAUGGUUAAAGCGGAGAUACAGCCUCUAAACAUGAACUCUCUCAUGUCAUUCGGGCCUAUGGUUCCAGGCUACAAGUGUAUUAUCGCAGCUCGAUGUUUCACUUCAAUACUGAAACUGAAACAACACGGCUUCAUAAAAGUACGUAAGGAUCCGGACACUUUGGAGAUACUCGACAUUUUUUUGGGUCCUAAAUUUAAUAAUUAUUAGUCAAUUUUUAUUUCCACUCAAAUG